AUUUAGUGGUAAUGGUUGUGUAAAGAGAGAGGAGAUUUCUAUCAUCGCCAUCUUAAUAUACAUUUGUACCUGACGUAAACGUUAUGAGCGCUAUAUAACCUUUGGCAUAUAGGCAUACUGGUUACAUUUUUAUCGAGCAAACCUCAACAAAUUUUUUAGGAUUUUCCAAACUGUUCAAGAAAUACAGCUGAUUGGGUGCCGGAGAAAGGUGGUCAGACAUGAAGAGAUUACAAGCAACUUGAGAAAAUUCUCAGUUCACCCUUUAACCUUAAAGGAAGACCAGUGCUCCAAAAGUUCUUCACAAUGAAGGGCAAGGUAAAAGACGAGGUGAACGAAACGACCAACAACAAUGAUUACAAAACUGACAAACAAAAAUCAGAAAAUGUCGAAGACAACUGCAAAAAGAAUGAAGAAAGCAAUACAAAAGACGCACACAAAAGAAACAAUCAGGAUAGCAAGAAUUCAAACGAGGGAAACAGCCUGCUCAUAUGUACCAGGAAACGAUACGUGACGUCAGCAGCAUGUUUCGUCAUCUUCGUCGCCAUGGUAAUUAUUGGAACAGCCCUAGCAACGUAUUAUGGACUCGUUUAUCCUAGGCGUAGAUUUAAAGAGUACGUGGUGUAUUUCAGGGACAACGUUAGUGUCCUGGAAGAAGAGAUUCAACUGGACGCUCACAGACAGAUCGAGGUCUUUCACAGUCCCUCACACAAUGGAACGCCAGAGUUUUACUUUAUGUUGGAUUAUAAAAUCGGACUGUCGGCCAUGAAGUUUGGUGACGACACCACGUGUUUCCUGCGGAAUCUCACCUUGGCGGAGGUACACACGGGGAGAAAUCUGUCCCUGGUGGAUGACACACUGGCGCAGUCACAGGGCGCCCUUACCACCCCGACAGCGGCCUUUGACGUGGUAUAUACGGCGGAGAACGUGACCGUUGGAGAGGACGACCUGGGCGAUCAGCUGUCUGACUUCUGCUCUCAGCGAGAUAUUAUGAUGUUACAGCCACAGUUGGUGUAUACUGAAGACCUUUUCUCGGUCAGCCGCCAUCGUCGCCAGGCUUAUGGAGGCCCACCCGGGUACCCUCCCCCUCUUCCGCCUCCCUCGGGAAACAACGCUCCACCCCAAGGCGUUUAUGGGCAGUACUACCCACCACCCCCACCAAAACCAAUUCCCCAAGGUUAUUCUGGAUACUACCACCCCGGGGCCGCCCCACCAUCUUACGGCUCUCCAGCAGGUUCCUACCCCGGGGCGGGCUAUCCUAGACCCUCUGGUGGGUACGGCGCUACAGCAGCAGGGCAGGGUAACACAAACGGAGCCAAGGGCGGGGUCGCCGAGGGGAUCACCGGGGCCGUGCUGACCAAGGCUCAGCAGGAAGCGCUCUUCAAGGACGACGAGAACAUUCAAGUGUUGUGGCAGAGAUGUUGGAAACACUGGAAAUACCAACGUAAAGAGGCCUGCAUUCUUCAGCUUCACGCUUACUGUGUGAACCAUAACGCGCCACGGCAUAUCUCUUGUACACAGUGGGGAAUACAAAAAAUCAAAGAAUGUCUGGUCAUCGUGAACUAUCUGGAGAAAUUCGGUUGCCAGAGACUGGUGAAGUAUUUGGGGAUCAAUGGAGAAUUUGCUAAUUACGCAGGCGCGGGAAAUUAUGGAAAUUACGGGAAUUACGCUGGCGCCCAAGGGGCGCAGUACGGCGCUGGCGGAACACAAUAUGGAUCAGCAUAUGGCGGGUACGGAAGAGGCACCGCCGCUGCUGCUGCCGCCGCCGCUGCUGCAGCAACCGCUUCAGAUCCGGCAGGAAAAUAUGGGUCUUCAGGCUCAUAUUCCGGACCAGCGGCAUAUUACAAUGCUCCUGGAUAUUAUGGAAAAUCCGGAGUAUAUGGAUACAAUGGAAACUCUGGUACAAAUUCAAAUUAUGGCGCGUUAGGCAAUUCUGGAAACUACGGCUCUUUGGGCAAUUCUGGAUACUACGGCAACUCGGGCAAUUCCGGGUAUUAUAAUAACCUAGGUGGCAACGGCUAUUACAGUGCUUCAGAUGCUUCAAACAAAUACGGUUCUCCGAGUGGUCAAGGAAAUUAUGGUGCAACCAGCUAUCAAGGAAAUUACGGUUCCUCUCCCGGUCAAGGAUAUUCAAACUAUGGUACCCAAGGAACGUAUGGUACCUCUGGUAACGAAGGGUAUUACGGAACUGCAGGCGGGUACGAUGCCACAAAAAGUCAAGGACUUGGCAAAUAUGGCGCGCAAGGAUAUAGCCGCCCGUCAGGCUUGUUGGGUUACAGACCUCGUAAUCAACAAGAUUCUGAUUACAGGGCGUCUGCAGCUCGUUAUACUGGUUACGGGGCACUCCCAGCCACAGGAGGGGCACCUCCAAAAAGUGCGGCAGCACCUCUGCCAAAAAUGUCCAGCAGACCCGAUUUAUCGGAUGAGGAAUAUUUUGGAAGAAAGUGAAAGCGAAAUGAAAGUAAAUUUUCCCAGGUCAGAUCACUACAUAGGAUGAAGUGUUAGGGAUGCUAUCGUUUUAAUUUGUCAUUUAAUAUUUAUUUGAUAAAAAUUGUUCUGAGUUUAUUUUAAUUGUGCAUUAAAGAGUUCAUGUUUUACAAGA